AUGUCGGGCACAGUGAAGUAUGUAGUAAAAGAUCCUUGUGCUAACUCUCAAGUUGUCCAUUUACCAACUAGAAAUCGUAAUGUUGUAAAAGGUGGCCACGAAAAACCGGAAGUCAAGAAUCUUAUUGAAAAACCACAACUAAAGUCAAUGAGAAAAAUUAUUAGAAUGAACGAUUUAAAAGAAAACAAUACUGAAAUCAUCACUGUUUCUCCAGAAUUCUUUGAUGACAGUUCGUCAGAGAUAAAAGAAGAACCUAUGUCUGAUUCAAGCUAUGAUGAUUUGGAAGUAAAUUGUGAAUAUCAAGAAGACCCUGAGGUCAUUGUUGUCCGUGGUGAUGAUUUAGAUCAAUCUAGUAGUAGCGAUUUAGAAUUCAUAGAAGACAUAAGACAUGAAGAACCCAGUAAAAGUAAAUUGCAUAAUGAUGUCAACUCUUCCGAUGUUGUCGUACGAACAGACAUUUUAAAUGAUUUAUUAGAAGGGCGUAUAACCAAAACUACCAAAAAACUUCUUGAUUCUACUAAGAUUUCUUAUUUGCCUAUGCAGCUAACUCCGAAUGAAUUUCGUUCUACAUAUACUAAUGAAAAAAGCCCAUUUAAAGUUCGGCCUAUAAAAGCUAACAAAGGUUUGAGACAUUUCUCCAAAAGAGUAUGUGAUAAAGUUAAGACUAAAAUGGUUACCACGUACAAAGAAGUGGCAGAUGAAUUAGUGGCUGAAUGUGUGGGCAACAGUAAUAGCCCAACGUUUUUAUAUGAUCAAAAAAAUAUUAGACGCCGUGUGUAUGAUGCCUUGAAUGUAUUAAUGGCUUUAGAUAUAAUUGCUAAGAAUAAAAAAGAUAUAACCUGGAAAGGGUUACCAACUGGAUCAAUACAAAACAGUGUAUAUCUUGUUCAAGAAAAAGAAAACCGCCUUAAUAGUGUAAAAAGAAAACUUUUAGCUCUUCAAGAGAUCAUUAUGCAAGAAGUAGCUAUUAAACGUUUAGUGAAACGUAAUCAGGAUAUGGAAAAUGAAUUUGGUCCUCCACCUAAUAACACAUUUGUUAAUCUUCCCUUUAUGGCAAUUAGUGCGAAUGAAGAUACAUCUGUUGAAGUAGAAAUAUCAGAAGACCAAAAACAAUAUGGAAUGAGUUUCAAUGAUAAAUUUAGCAUGGUUGACGACACUGAAAUUUUGAAAACUAUGGGUUUUACUUUAGGGUUAGAUCGCGGUGAAGUCAGCAAUGAAGACUUGAACAUUUUAAAAACAUUAGUACCCAAAGCUUUUGAAAAACACAUUGUUAUGAUGGCUACCAAAAAUGGAGAAAUGUUUAAUGAUAUCUGUAAGGAAUUUGAUGAGAAAAUUAGGUCUGCUGAAAUUGAACAAUCUCCAUCAAGGCCCAAUAUUAUUAAUAGAAGAAAAAAUAAGAGAUAA